CAGCCUGGAGACAGACGUGACACCCGCUUUCCUCGGGCCCGGGAGGGCGUGGGUGGGGGUGUAUCCCGGCCCAGCCUGCCCCUGGGAGGCGCGGGGAGGUUCUGCUCUGCCGCCGGCACCGCGAGGCCCUGCGCUCCCUUGACCUCAGGGCCACAGCGUCCACUAAGAGCAGGAAACCGGCCCCGCACCGGGGCCCGCGGGAACCCCUCCCCGGGUACUAACCUGACCAGCUCAGCACAAAAGGAAAGAGCAGCAUACUGAAAUGUCACCUGAAGUUGCCUUGAACAGAAUUUCUCCAGCUCUCUCGCCCUUCAUUUCCAGUGUGGUCAGAAAUGGAAAAGUAGGAUUGGAUGCUACUAAUUGCUUACGGAUUACAGACUUGAAAUCAGGAUGUACAUCCUUGACCCCUGGACCUAGCUGUGAUCGGUUUAAGCUACAUAUCCCUUAUGCUGGAGAAACACUCAAAUGGGAUAUAAUUUUCAAUGCUCACUAUCCUGACCUGCCACCAGAUUUUAUCUUUGGAGAGGAUGCUGAAUUUUUGCCAGAUCCUGCUGCCUUGCAUAAUUUAGCUGCUUGGAAUCCUUCAAACCCUGAAUGCCUCCUGCUUGUUGUGAAAGAGCUUGUGCAGCAGUAUCACCAAUUUCAGUGCAGCCGAUUACGGGAGAGCUCUCGUCUCAUGUUUGAAUAUCAGACUUUACUGGAAGAACCUCAGUAUGGAGAAAACAUGGAAAUCUAUGCUGGCAAGAAAAACAACUGGACUGGAGAAUUCUCAGCUCGCUUCCUCUUGAAGUUGCCUGUAGAUUUCAGCAAUAUUCCUACAUACCUUCUCAAGGAUGUGAAUGAAGAUCCUGGAGAAGAUGUUGCACUUCUCUCCGUUAGUUUUGAGGAUGCAGAAGCUACUCAGGUUUUUCCUAAGCUGUAUCUUUCCCCACGUAUUGAACAUGCACUUGGAGGAUCAUCUGCCCUUCACAUCCCAGCCUUUCCCGGUGGAGGUUGUCUUAUUGACUAUGUACCCCAAGUAUGCCAGCUGCUGACAAACAAGGUACAGUAUGUUAUUCAGGGAUACCAUAAGAGAAGAGAAUAUAUUGCAGCUUUCCUGAGUCACUUUGGAACUGGUGUGGUGGAGUAUGAUGCAGAAGGCUUCACAAAGCUUACUCUGUUGCUGAUGUGGAAAGAUUUUUGCUUCCUUGUUCACAUUGACCUACCCCUGUAUUUUCCUCGAGACCAACCAACCCUAACAUUUCAGUCCGUUUACCACUUCACUAACAGUGGUCAGCUGUACUCCCAGGCCCAGAAGAAUUACCCCUACAGCCCCCGCUGGGAUGGCAAUGAAAUGGCCAAGAGAGCAAAGGCAUAUUUCAAAACGUUUGUCCCUCAGUUCCAGGAGGCAGCGUUUGCUAAUGGGAAGCUUUAGGCAGCCUCAGGCACAGAGAUGAUACUGUACAGACCCUGCAGUCUCCACGUGUCCUAUCAGCCCACAAGAAGAAUGCCUGUAAAUGAGUUGGACUGUCUCAAUCGGUGCUUUUUUGCCUCUGAAAUGGUUUUGGUAGCUUCAUUUUUUGCCAGAUUUCUGAAAUUGUGACCUCACUAGCAUGCUUAAAACUGAAUGUUUGAUACUUGUCCUCUUCCUUUGCCUCUGCCACCACCGUUCCUUUAUAUAUCUACUGGAUUAAAGUUAAAAGGAUGUGCUUUGAUGUGAUAACAUUUUUUUGUGCCAGCAAUGUCCUGUGUUACACCUUGUUUCCUUGUCUUCAGAAGGCGUAAAUUGGAUUUUUUUUUUCCCCCCAGGGAAAUACAGUAUGAUUUGUAUAUUUAGUUAACAUACCCAGCCUAUCCUAAGAAAAUGUAAAACUGCUGUAUGUACCAGGAAUGCCUAAUGGACUGUACAGUGCCAUAUUCUGCCUUGGAGGUUUGCCUCUCACUGUGGUUGUUACUCUCACUGGUAUGGCUAUGAGUUGCACAGUUAAAUUCUCAGUGCCUUUCAGGUUGGUCUGAUAUUAAUAUGGCAGGGCAUUGGAGGGGUUUUUUUAAUAUGUCAGUUGAAAGCUCAUCUAACUGCAAAUGCAUUGCUUUUCUGCUUUGGUCUGUUUUCCCAUUUGUACAGUUUUGGUGUUCUUCUAAAUUAACUCCCCUUGCCAUUACGAAAAAGUUCUACUUUUUUAGUAUCAAUGCACAAGGAGCUAGCUACAUAAAUCAGUAUCACAAAAUAAAGCUUUUUCAUAGACCUAAGAUUUUUCCAAGUAAGAUAAAUACUGCUAAGCAGCAAAGAUUCAACAAAGGAGUGAAAGAACUGAUGAAAUAGCAUAAGGCUAUAGGUAUUCAGUUUAAUGCUUAAGUUCAGCAUGUCUUCUCAGAAAUAACUUUGAGCUUGUAGAACCAGAAACAUUACCUCCCCCAGCUCUGAAAUUCCAGAUGCAAAAUCCCAACUAUUCAUCCUUUCUUUCACCGUUGUGUCAGGCGCCCCGGUUGGGGCAGACUGUCACGAUGUGACUUCCCAGAUUAGUUUGUAAAUAGACCAGGGUACUUUCCAGUAAGGAUUAAAAUUAACAGUGUAUGUUACUUAUAAAUGGCAUGUGGAAAAAUGUGCUCUACUUCUGUGAAAUAUAAGGAACUAAAUAAGUAGCAUGCAGAUGAUAUGAUGGAACUGGAAAGCACUUAAUUUAAAAUUAUUCACUGUAGCACAACUAGCUGCUUAUACAAUGGAAUCUCAUCGAAUUAUUUGGUUGGCAGCAUUCUCCUACCCUUUCUAAAACUUGUUAUUUUAUGUAAAAAUAGUGAUUGCCAGGGGAAUGUCCACCUAAGAAAUGCAGAAGUGUUUUGAGCAGUGAAGUCUGAUAAUUAAGAAUUAUGCAAAUAUUUUUCCUCUAGGAACUACAGGUAUUUGUGGCUAGUUUAUGGGCAAAAUUUUAGUUUACAUUAAAUACUGAAGUUCUUGACUGGAAAUCAAACUGCAAACAAAAGCCAAAGCUGUACUGAAAAUAUUCUGUCUGGUGACCCAACUCCCCUGUGGCUCUUGCUGCUUUAUCUGAGGGCUGUAAACAGCUCUAAAGGCCUGAGCCUGAUUUCCCUCAGUGGAGGCAUUGCAUUAGGCUCUUACAUGCAAACCAAGACUCAGAGCAGAUGUGGAAGGUGGUGGUUUUAUGUCAAUAGCAAAACUAUAACUAAACAACCUUUGGUGACUAAAACCAGACAUUGCUUAGUAUACUGGGACAAUCUCACAUCUGUCUUUCUUCAGGUAUAAGUCAAAGCCACACACAUAUUUUCAGGAAUAAGCUGACUUCUGUGAAUGAGGCAGGAGGAAGAGGAUGGCUAAUGAAAAACAUAGCUUCUCAUUGUGUUCAAAAUCUGAUAGAAACAAUCUCUAGCAUCUUAAGAAUGUAAAAACCAAACCCUCAAGUUGCAUCAGUAGAUUCCUGGAAUCUUACAUUUUAUAAUCUUGUAUUUGAUUCAGUGUUGUAGCGGUUGCCCCAUGAACACAGUGACUGAUAUAUAUCUGCUGGUCUAAGUAGCAGUGGUUUUCUUUUUUUUUUAUUUUUUCAGAAGUUGCCACCGUUCAAAGGCUAGCAAUUGCAUAAUAUUUUGAAGAGGUCCUCUCUUCAGAAUUAAUAUACGUUUUAAACCAAAACUGCAUCCAUUGCCUCAGUCCUAGUAAUCUUGGACAAAGACCAUUUUAUUAUUAAUUGACUAAGAGUUUUAGAAGCCAUGUAGGAAAAGACUUGGAGGAUAUGAAAAGCCCUAAACCCUCAAAUCCUUAUGUUGAAUUCAAUAGUUUCACCAACUUUUCAGUAGCAUAUAAGGAAAUGAGCCAGUAGUUUCAGUUAAAUUGUACCUCAUGCUACAACAGGUAGUAUUUUGGGAAAUAAAAAAAAAAAAAAAAAAAGGUAGAAAAGUGGAGAAACUGAACUGUUUAAGAUAAAGGUUGAAAACCUGUCAAUUUUCAGAUUUGAAGAAAAAGCUUUUUUCUUAAACAUUUAAUGAACAUUAUGUUUAUUUCAAAGCCACCUUGCACUCUGGCCUGCACAGUAUUUUAUGGAGCUCUUUCUAAUAGUUCUCAGAAGAAUAUAUUCAGGGUAUUAGCCUCACAAAUGGGGUACUGGGAUGAAAGACAUGGACUUGAGUGAGCUCACUUCUGGAAGGAGGAUUACUGUUUGACUCAUAUUAAAUCAUGUAUUUGUUGAAGUCAUUUAAGUUAACCAGAUAAGUUGUAAUCUCUUAAACCUGGAGUUACUUCUGUUAUCUCCUGGUUUGUGAUAAUACCCAUUGUGGCUGGCUUAAUGGCAAUGAGACUUAGAGCUCUUUCUUCCCUAUUAUGUGAUACAUGCAAUUGAAGGGAGCAGUCAGACCUCGGCUCGUUUCUUUAGUUUAUCAGGACCACAAAACAUAUGAGGAAAAAUAGCAAUGUUAUGAACAUACUGAAAAGCCUAAAUUCUACUCUGUCAUAAUUUUGAUUGAAACAAUGAGGUGAGUCUCUAGUUACUAAGUCCUAUUAUUGCAUGAUUAUCCAAAAGUCAUUAAAGUGUGAACUUAACAGUCAAGCCUUUAUUCAUCUGUGUAUGUGCUAGAAGUAAUACCAGGUCUUUCAUAGUGAAAGUUAAGACUUUUUGUGACCUGCUGGAAAGACUGGACAAACAGCUGGAUAAAUAAAUGAGUUAACAUAU